AUGCUUAACUGCAAGCCUGUCCCCACGCCUAUCGACACGAAGGCCAAGGUCUCUGCGCUCGACGGCUCACCCGCGCCAGAUGCCGCGUUCUACCGCUCCAUCAUCGGCGCUCUCCAGUACUUGACACUCACUCGGCCGGACCUGCAGUACGCCGUCCAGCAGGUGUGUCUCCACAUGCACGCCCCUCGCGACACUCACUGGAACCUGGUGAAGCGGAGCCUUCGGUACAUCCGCGGCACCACGAGUCUGGGUCUUACGUUGACGGCCUCGCCCUCGACUGACCUAGUCGCCUACAGUGACGCCGAUUGGGCUGGCUGCCCGGACACGCGAGGCUCGACUUCAGGCUACUGCGUCUACCUGGGGCCCUAG